AUGUCUCCACAUGUCGAAGAUGAUGUGCCUAGCAGCUAUCGCCCCGUGAGCAACGGUGUGAAUGGUCACACUCACCACCCCACCACAGCUGUUGUCGAUGGCCCCAUCAACGGUACCACCAAUGGCAACGGGGUCCACCACCACAAGCAGAAGCGUCAGCACCGCGAGCGGUCCAAGCACCUGGUCGCCUCGGAUCCUGCCUCAGAACACGACCUCAUCUGCGUCGGCUUCGGCCCCGCCAGCCUGGCCAUCGCCGUUGCCCUCCACGAUGCCAUUGAGGCCGGCCAGAGGUUCCGCCCAGACGGCUCGCCGCCCCGCGUGCUCUUCAUUGAGAAGCAGCAGACCUUUGAGUGGCAUGCCGGCAUGCUGCUCCCCGGGGCCAAGAUGCAGAUCUCCUUCAUCAAGGACCUGGCCACCCUGCGCGACCCUCGCUCCGAGUUCACCUUCCUGAACUACGUGCACCGCCAGGGCCGCCUCGUCGACUUCACCAACCUCGGCACCUUCCUCCCCGCCCGCGAGGAGUACGAGGACUACCUGCGCUGGGCCGCCUCCUUCUUCGAGCCCCUCGUCCAGUACAGCCACGAGGUCGUCGCCGUCACGCCCGAGAAGAAGGCCGCCAACGCCGUCCAGACCUUCAAGGUCGAGGCCCGCAACGGCAAGACCGGCCAGACUCACUUCUUCCACGGCCGCAAUGUCAUCUUCGCCACCGGCGGCCAGCCCUCGCUCCCCAAGAGCUUCCCCCAGAAGAACCCCCGCGUCAUCCACUCCUCGCAGUACGCCAAGGUCGUGCCUCACCUCCUGCCCAAGUCCUCCGCCCCCUACCGCGUCGCCGUCAUCGGCGCCGGGCAGAGCGCUGCCGAGAUCUUCAACAACGUCCAGACUCUGUAUCCCAACUCCGAGACCUGGCUCGUCAUGAGGCAGGAGUUCCUCCGACCCAGUGACGACUCACCUUUUGUCAACCAGGUCUUCAACCCCGAGUACGUGGACGAGGUCUUCCCCAAAGCCGCCAAGCACCGAAACGAGUUCCUCUAUGACGCCCGCGCGACCAACUACGGCGUGGUCCGCCUCGAGCUGAUCGAGCACCUGUACGAGAAGAUGUACGACCAGAAGCGCGAGCUCGGCCCCAACGAGCAGAGGUGGCCGCACCGCGUCCUGGGCGGGCGGCAGAUCUCGAGCAUGGAGACGCGCAGCGACGGCGGCAUCGAGCUCAAGGUCCAGCGCCUCGGCGACGUGCUGGCCGAGGGCUCGUCGGCCGAGGAGGAGGUCUUCCACGCCGACCUCGUCAUCGCCGCCACCGGCUACCAGCGCAUGUCGCACGUCGAGAUGCUCAAGGGCGCCUACGACCUGCUGCCCCGCGCCCAGCCCUCCAAGAUCCAGGAGUUCAAGAAGGGCAUCCAGGGGUGGAACGUCGAGACCGAGCAGGGCGAGCGCAACAUCUCGGUCGGCCGCGACUACAAGGUGCAGUUCGCGCCCGGCGCCAUCGCCGAGGGCUCUGGUGUCUGGCUGCAGGGCUGCUGCGAGGGAACACACGGUCUCUCCGACACUCUGCUAUCCGUGCUCGCCACCAGAUCCGGCGAGAUGGUUGAGCAUAUCUUUGGCAAGCAGUAG